CACUGCUGUACCUAGCUACAAGUCCAGACCCGUGGACCCGCUUCAUCCCACCAUUUUUGUUCGCUGCGGCGCCUCAUAACCUCCAACCUUUUUUUCUCUUCUCCUACCAAACCUCAUCUACAUAGGUUGCUUAGGACGGCAGUUUCAUAAUUGUCUAGGCAAUCAUGCAGAUCUUCGUCAAGACCCUCACGGGUAAGACUAUCACCCUUGAGGUGGAGUCUAGCGACACCAUCGACAAUGUCAAGUCCAAGAUCCAGGACAAGGAGGGUAUCCCUCCCGAUCAGCAGCGUCUGAUCUUCGCCGGCAAGCAGCUCGAGGAUGGCCGCACCCUCUCCGACUACAACAUCCAGAAGGAGAGCACCCUCCACCUCGUGCUCCGUCUGCGUGGUGGUGGUAAGAAGCGCAAGAAGAAGGUCUACACCACCCCCAAGAAGAUCAAGCACAAGCGCAAGAAGACCAAGUUGGCCGUCCUCAAGUACUACAAGGUCGACGGUGAUGGAAAGAUUGAGCGUCUCCGCCGCGAGUGCCCUGCCGACACCUGCGGUGCUGGUGUCUUCAUGGCUGCCAUGCAGGACCGACAGUACUGCGGCCGUUGCCACCUGACCUACGUCUUCGACAAGCAGUAAACGGAUCAACACCUCGCGACUGGGAUACAUCGAGAUAUAAAACAAAAAGGGUUACGAAAAUCGGGCAUAGACUCAUGGGAGUUUCAACGUCAUAUAGCAUAGUUGUCUCCUGCUUCCUUGAUAGUUUCUCAAUAUACCUUGUCAACUGGUGCACAUUGUUCUCUCAUUCUCCACCUUGGUGAUAUGUGCCUUUCGUCUCUCAAUUCAAUAUCAGUGAUGUGUCAGUUCAUUAGUCGUCAUCGCAACAGCGUAAUCGCAAUUGUUGAAAAUGUGCUCAAGAAAGCCAACUAUUAAGCUUGAAAGGCAAUGUUACAAGUGGGAUGCUAAGUCCAAACCAUGAUUCAGACAGUGAGGGCAAG